AUGGGACGCCGCCUGAUCCACUUCACCAGGGCUGGCUCUAGCAUCUCCCCCGCUACCGUCUGCGUCAUCUUCCUCGUCGUCGCUGUCAUCGGCUAUAUCGUCCUCGAGCGAGGCCACAAUCGUAACGGCAAAGACGAGCACUCAGGCUCUGAAUCCAGAUCUAGCAGCUCCCCUGACCCGACUCCUGCUACCCCUGCCGAGCCCAACGAUACUUCCACCCCUCCAACCCCAGCUACCCCCGCCAGCAGUGACAGAAAGUCGAGCUCAAAGCGAAGAUCGCGGAAUUCCUCCCAGCCGGCGCCUGCUACCCCCUCCAUCUACCCCGCAGGUGAUUCCGGCAAUCCUCCUACACCCCUCUCCAGCGUCAAUUCCACCGGCCCCGGCGACUACUCUGCCGAUGAUGAAACCGAGUACGACACAGACGCGGAUGAGGCGGCUAAGAGGAGGUUGCAGAAAGCGGGCAAGCCGGCUCUGAAACCCCCUGGGUCCCAGUCGGCAGUGCGCAAGACUCAGAAGUUUGCCGAUGGCAACACGGCGGCGACCGAUGUUCGGAUCUUUGACGAGGAUCAGAGGGGUACCUGGCAAUUUCAGGACGGUACCGCCGGGCUCAAUGGCAGGAAGGACCGAGAGCAGCGGGAAGCGGAGGUGCCAGUCAAUCACAUCGAAUCGCGGUUGCCCUCAUUCCGCCCCCUCCUCGCCGCGCAUACCACAGUCCUAGAGCGGAUGGACAAGAUUGAGAAGAUACUCUUUCACAACUGCCUGGAUGGCUCCCUAGACUCGGAUCUGGCGCGAGAGACGAUGGCGGACAAGUGGCACGCAAGAUGGGGGAAACUGCCGGUGGUGAUUGUGGAACUGUGCAACGUGCUCUUCGAGUGUGAGGAGAUUAUUGACGUGCCCGCCUUGGCGUACGCUAUGGCGUGCGUGCCCGAAAUCUUGAUGAGCAAAGCUUACCCAGCUCACAUGCUCAUUGCUCCGGGGUUCGAACACGAGAAAGUGCUAGAGAGGACGACGGCAGAGGGAAAGGUUGUGCGACACCUCCCUCGGAAGACAGACGGGGAAGGCUUAGUGGUGGCGAAGGAGGCGGCACGAGACUUACUGCUGGGGUGGUUCGUGCUGCCGUUCCGGGGGUUUGUCAAAGACGAAUGGCGAGACACGGGCAAGCAGAAGUUGGCGGGUUUCCUGCUCCCGCCGGAGAUCACUGCAGCGGUCGGAGGACCAGGGUCAGCAGGGGAGGAACUGCUCAAAUGGCUGGGCUGGGCCGGACAACGAUACCUCCUGAACCGAGCCUUCACCUACCAGGGCGCGGAGCUGUUUGACGGAUCGGCGCGCAUCUCGAUCAGCCCAAAGAAUCCGGAUAGCAUCGAGGUGUUCAAGGUCGACAUCACCGUGUUUGUACCGGAAAGUCAGAUCAUCCAAGAGCAUGGCCCUUGGAAAGCUCAAUUCACGCCGUUCUGGCUGAAGGAGUCAGCGACUCCGGACAAGAUGGAUCCACAACGCGGCCACAUCAAGGGGUGGCACUCGCAGUGGCUAGUAACUGCUGUUCGACGUUGCCUGGAUAUGGCCCCACCAUGGCUUGAUCAGCACUUUCCUCUGGCGGGGCUCACCCCGGGAAGAGCCAAUGACCUCAGUCACGUACGGCUCGGGUUCAGACGGCUCAUUGUCCGCCCGGGAUUCAUGCCCCUUGCAGCGGAGAUGGCUGAUCUGGACCCAGGCAACGGAGGUGGGACCAAGGCAGCCACCGUAUACACCGACGAGAAGACACCUGUCCUCAUGCAGCUCUCCCUUGACUUUGUCGAGGAUAUGAGAAAGGGCAUGGGGGCUCUGGUGGCUCCGGAAUCGAAGGGCCGGACCUACAGCGACGUCUUGGAACAUCUCAUCCUACAGACGCGGAUCACCAGCAUCAAGUUUGAGAAUCGGCGCCAGAACCAUUGGCACACCCCCAAAACAGGCCCAUCUAGUGUAGAUCAUUUCGAUCCCACCCAGGUGGGGUUCAUUAUGGGGUUGCUACUCCCUGCCCUGGCAAAGAGAAACAGCCGGGACCCAGACGCUCAUCACUAUGCCGACUUGAAUACAUUCAAAGGAUCGGAGGACGGAAGAUACUUCAUCGACGUGGAUCUUGGCGGGAUCAUGCCUUACGUUCCCCAGGAGCAUGGCGCACUCAAGGCAGACUUCUGCUGGACCCGGUACUUUGACCGCGUCAAAACCUACUAUAUCCCCUUCCUGCGGGUCGGCGCCGUCACAAAGAUGAUACAACCGGGAAUGGAGGCGGUGGGAGAUCAGAGGCUGCAGUGGAACACCUCACGGUGGUUCACUGAUCUGAAGGGCAAGCUCCUCGAUGAUCCUCCCCCGGAACCCUUCCUCGACGAUGUUGGGAAACCCUUACCCGCCCAACCGCACGUCCAGCGAACAUUUGUGGUGGUGGUACCUUCCCUCGACACAGGCCGUGUCGCUCUCCACUCCCAACUGGACAACGCAAUCUAUCAGGAUUAUGUGAAACCAGCUACCAGGUCAACAGAGGAGGACAAGGCCAAAUUGGUGGCGGAUGUCGACCAAUUCAUCGCGAGAGCCAAUGAGUCGGUGAGAUUCACAACGGUGGUGGAAUGUCAGACCACUGUCUCUGAGCCGACACUAUGGACGUUGGACUAUACGAAGAAGGGUGCUCAGGUAAUCGCUGAGCAAGACGCUAUGGUGGAGGAAAUGGCGAGGAGGUUACAGGGGGGUCCUCUCCCUCCGGCGCCGGGAGUCACACCGGCCGUGGCUGCUCAGGGGGGUGAUAAGGACCCAGCGCAUCCUCGUACGGUUCCUCUGGGGAGCGAUGCGUCAGCCGCCGGGACGGGUUAA